AUGGUGUUCCGAAGUGAGGAGAUGUGCUUGGCGCAGCUGUUUCUGCAGUCCGGGUCGGAAUACGACUGCAUAAGUGAGCUUGGGGAAAUGGGACUCGUCGAGUUCCGAGACCUCAACCCAAGUGUCAGCUCAUUCCAGCGCCGCUUUGUCAGUGAAAUCAAGAGGUGUGAGGAAAUGGAAAGAAUUCUGGGAUACCUUUUAAGGGAGAUCCGAAAAGCCAAUUUAGCUGUACCUGAAGAUGAUGAAAGUCCAGCUGCCCCUCCGCCGAAGCAAGUCCUUGAGAUCAUGGAGCAGCUGCAGAGACUGGAGAUGGAGCUUAGCGAAGUGGCAAAGAACAAAGAUAAGCUCCAGAGGAAUCUGCUGGAGCUCAUCGAGUACACACACAUGUUGAAGAUCACAAGGACCUUCAUACACAGCCGUUCAAGACAUGAGGUUCUGGGUCCUCAAUAUGAAGAAUUCCCUAGUAUGGAGACAGAGUCUGUGACAGGAUGCACUGGUAUGCAAAGACUUGGAGCCAAGCUGGGGUUUGUGUCAGGUCUUAUCCAGAGGGUAAAGGUUGAGGCCUUUGAACGUAUGCUAUGGAGAGUGUGUAAGGGCUACACCAUUCUCAGCUAUGCAGAGGUGGACGAGAGCCUUGCUGACUUGGACACAGGUGAAAUCAACCAAAGUGUUGUGUUUCUCAUCUCAUUCUGGGGUGACCAGAUAGGGCAGAAGGUUCAGAAGAUCUGUGACUGUUACCACUGUCAUCUUUACCCUCACCCUGAGAAUGACGAGGAGAGAGCAGAUGUCAUGGACAACCUCAGAACACGAAUCCAGGACCUUAACAAUGUGCUGCACCGUACUGAGGAGUACUUAAAGCAGGUGCUGCAAAAGGCUUCAGAGUCAGUCUUUACCUGGGUUGUACAGGUGAAAAAGAUGAAGGCCAUCUACCAUAUCCUCAACCUCUGCAGCUUUGAUGUCACCAACAAAUGUCUUAUUGCAGAAGUAUGGUGUCCUGUCAAUGACCUGGCAAAUCUGCGGGGGGCGCUAGAGGAAGGCUCAAGGAAAGGUGACGCUACAGUACCAUCCUUUGUGAACCGCAUCCCAAGUACUGACACUCCUCCUACUCUGUUAAGAACAAACAAGUUCACGUCUGGAUUUCAAAGCAUUGUGGAGGCGUAUGGCAUUGGAGACUACCAGGAGGUCAGCCCAGCGCCCUACACCAUCAUCACAUUCCCUUUUCUGUUCGCGGUGAUGUUUGGGGACCUGGGCCAUGGGGUGGUCAUGACCCUCUUUGCCCUGUGGAUGGUGCUGACAGAGAAGAGGCAAAGGAGGAAAAGAUCCAGUAAUGAGAUCUGGAUGACAUUCUUUGAGGGGCGUUACAUCAUCCUGAUGAUGGGUCUGUUCUCCAUAUACACCGGGCUGAUCUACAACGACUGUUUCUCCAAGUCCCUCAACAUAUUUGGCUCUGGCUGGAGCGUUAGGGCCAUGUUCACGAAUCAACAGUGGACAAAUGAAACCCUUCAAGAAAAUGCUUUGCUUACUCUUGACCCAAAUGUCAGUGGUGUGUUCAGUGGACCCUAUCCGCUUGGCAUUGAUCCUAUAUGGAACAUGGCGGUGAAUCGCCUUUCCUUCCUGAACUCUUACAAGAUGAAGAUGUCUGUCGUAAUAGGUGUCAUACACAUGAGCUUUGGAGUGGUGCUAAGUGUCUUCAAUCAUUUACACUUUCGACAGAAAUAUAAUGUCUAUCUGCUGUUCCUCCCUGAGCUGCUCUUCCUACUCUGUCUUUUUGGCUACCUGGUCUGCAUGAUUCUCUACAAAUGGAUGGCAUUCGGUGCACGUGACUCCCGUCUGGCCCCCAGCAUUCUUAUCCACUUCAUCAACAUGUUCUUCAUGCAGGGAGCAGAUGUUGCUCCUCUCUACCCAGGACAGACCGGACUGCAAAUCUUCCUUGUGGUGGUAGCUAUGUUGUCAGUUCCUGUGCUACUCUUAGGGAAACCUCUUUACCUUUAUUGGCUCUACCGUGGAGGGAAAGGCCUUCGCAUACGCAGAGGUUAUGAAAGAGUUAGGCGCGUGAGUGAGGACGAUAAUUCUACAACACCGUCUUAUGAAGAUUAUGAAGAGGAGGGGCUCGAUGAAAUGGUCAGCAGAGAAACUAUGCCCAAAGAGUUUGACUUCGCAGAUGUGCUCCUACACCAAGCCAUCCAUACCAUAGAGUACUGUCUGGGCUGCAUUUCCAAUACUGCUUCCUACUUGCGUCUCUGGGCCCUAAGCUUGGCCCAUGCCCAGCUGUCAGAGGUGUUGUGGGCCAUGGUGAUGCGCCUGGGUUUGAGGAGCACGAACAAACUAGGGGUAUUGGUUUUGGUUCCUGUUUUCAGCCUCUUUGCCAUGCUCACUGUGUCCAUCCUAUUGGUCAUGGAGGGCCUAUCAGCCUUCCUCCAUGCACUCCGCCUCCAUUGGGUGGAGUUCCAAAACAAAUUCUACCACGGGACAGGCGUCAAGUUUGUCCCGUUCGACUUCUCACUUCUGCCCUCUGUUUUUGAACAAGAUGGAUUAUUGUAACGGAAGAGACUCGGGUUACGUCAGCAAGGAACGAGAGGAGGGACGCGUCUUUACAUCCAGGGAGGAUGCUGGAAGCCGGAGCAGUUCACACUGUGAUUGUAAUUACAGGCCAUCACUACGUCAGAUCCAAACAUGCUGUUGUAGCGGCUUUAAAAUUUGUAAGAUGUUAA